AGGAGGGUGCAUGUGCAGCUGAGGCAUUCCUGGAGAGCACAGGGCUCUGGGCUCCCUGCUGUCCCAGGGCAGCCCAGAGGCCAGGCUGUUCCUGUGGCAGCUCUGGGGAAGUGGCUCAGGGUGUUCCCCUGGCCUGCCUCAAGUUAUUGCCAGGAGGAGCAUGCUUCCCUGUGCAGCUGUUUAGAAGUUUCCAAGGAAUCUGUCCCACGAAAUAUGGAGCUUGAGAUGGUUUAGGUUUGCAUUGCGGACUGUGUUACAUUUUGUGUCUCCACUUUGCAGGCCUGACUGGCUACCCUCUUGCCAAGAGGUUUUCCCUGGCAAGUCCCUCCAUGCUCCUUCCCUCCAAGCCGCUGCUUCCCAUCCAGAGGAGCUCUCCUGCUGCGACAUUAAGCAAGAUGUUCCACGGAGAGCAGGAGACUGGGAAACCUGGCAGCGGCUGGGAAGAGGAGGGUCAAAAGAAAGAGGAGCUCAUGUCAGAGGGAAAAGGAAUGAGGGCUUCCUUGCCAUACACCAGUGGUGGGGAAAUGAAGAAGGCGUCACUGGGACUGCCUUUGAUCCCCCCAAUACGCAAGGCAGGAAGUCUCCCUGUUGACAGUGCUGCGGGCUCACCGUGCAGCUCUCCCCGGCUGGAUUUCCAGGAGUCCCGGGAGAUGAGGCCAAGAUCCAGCAGCACUAGCCAAGAGAAGACCUCUGAACAUGCAGCUUCUUCUGAAUCUACAACAGAAACGCAGAGAAAGAAGGAAAAGAGCUCUCAGUGUAAGUCAGGACCUGGGAUGCCUCUGUUCCCAAGGGAACUCACGGACCCCUUCGGCUUGGAGAUUCAAGUGCCGGACCCUGGCCUUGGGAAUGGAGGUCUCAGCUCCCAGCCGGCUCAGGGGGCCUUGGCCCAGGAGCCCCAGGAGCAUGGCUCAGCCUCACAAAAAGGCCUCCCACUGAGCCAGGCCAAGGAGACAGACCAUCCCAGCAGUGCUGGUCUUACGAGGGACAAAGAGCUGAGGGCCAGCUCUGCAAAGGUGCGUGGUACAUUGUGCAAGUUGGCUCCAAAGAGCUCAGCGUGGAAGGAAAUGGAGCUUUUGGUAAAAGAGCUGAAGAGGAGACAAAAGGAAACAUCCUUGAAGCUUCCCCCAGAGACAGUUGAGCCUGGGGAUGCAGCUGAAGCAACCUUUAGCCUCCCACCUGUCACUGGCACAGCUCCUAGUGUGCAGAGAAAACACCCUGGUAGUGCCAUGAAGAAGAAGGUCGUGAGAAAGCAGGACAACGUGCCACUGCUGCCCAGUACGCCCACCCUCCCUGGGGAUGACAGCUUCCCACGCAACUCCUCAGUGACCUCGCAGACGGCCACUGGUGCCAAGCGCCGAGAGGAGCCGCUGCGUGGGCAUGGGCAGAAGGACAGAGCCUUUUCAAACCCACAGCAGUCCUUGCAGGAGGCACUCAGCAUGCUCAGCAGCGAUGACUGGGAACAGAAGAAGAAGGGACUCUUAAACAUCACACACCUGGCUGAGUCCCAUUCCGAAGUCCUGCUUUGUCGACUUCGUGAGAUUUGCUUGGCAGUUACCAGCGAGGUGACCAACCUGAGGUCCAAGGUGUCGUGCUCUGCAAUUGUCACUCUGGGAGAUCUCUUUGCCAUCUUGAGGAAGGACAUGGACUCCGAGGCGGAUGAGGUUGCUGCGGUCCUUCUCCACAUGGUGUGGAACUCCCCAGAGUUUAUUCAGAAGGCAGCCUGUCAGAGCCUGGGGAUGAUGGUCGAGAACGUGACUCCUGCACGAGCAAUGACUGUUCUCAUGGACAGGGGAGUCAAGAGCCGCUACGUGCAGGUGCGGAAGUGUGCGGCCGAACUGCUCCUAUCCUUGAUGGAGAAAAUGGGAGUCACGAAGCUCGCAGGCACACCCAAGGCUGAGAGGCUGGCAGAGGCGGCAGGGACGCUUGCUCAGGACUGUCACAAGGACACAAGGCAUUAUGGACAGGAGAUGGUGAAGAUGUUACUGACCCAUCAAAAAUUUAAAAAGCUUCUGGAACAAGCUCUUUCCACACAUGACCUGGAAGAUAUCCUGAGAAGAAUUAAGAAGAAAGGGAUGGAAAGCCAGAAGGGUGAACGCCCACCUGUCAAGGAGCCGGCGGAGAAGAGGAACGAUGGCCCGAAGGAGCCCCAGGCCACAUUGCCUUCAAGCAAACGGGUGAAGUCUGCCACUGUUGGACGCCUCCUACGCCGCCCAAAAGCCCAGGUCACAUCACCUGCAGCUGUGAAAGGAAGGGAGGAGCUCCAGAAGCUUUACCAUCUCCUGGAAGCCAAGGGGUUUCAGACACGGAUGGAAGGAGUGGCACUCCUCCUAGACCUGUGCAAAAGCAGCCCCCAGCUGAUCUCUGCCAACAUUGUCCAAAUUUUUGAUCAUUUUGUCCUGAGAAUAUCUGACACUCAUAAGAAAGUGAAGCAGAAGGCGCUGGACGUGCUGGCAGAAAUCAUAGGACUCCUGGAAGAUGCCCUGAACCCAGUGAUGAUCCGUUUGGUUGAAGGGAUAACAAAGAACCUAAACUCCAAGGAUCCCGGGGUUCAUGCCGCAGCUGUGAAGGCACUGGACCAAUCUGUGGUUCAUCUAGAUGAAGUAUCACUGAUGAAAGAGCUCAGCCACCAAUGGAGCCAACUGAGUGGCCAAGCUCUGCUGGAUGUCACAGAGCGGAUCACAGUGCUUGUGGAAUGGGUUUAUGCCAGGAGCCCUGAAGUGGUCCAGCGCUACGCCCUGCCCGUGCUCUGGUCCUGCCUGGAGAACAAGGCGCUGCCUGUCCGAAGCGCCAACGUCUGCGCUGUGGUCACCAAGCUUGCCUGCGCCCUCUGCGAGGCGAUGGGCGCCCAGAUAAUUACUUGUGCUGCCAGCAAGCCUCCACACGUGCAGGACAACCUCUCCAGCCUUUUGGGCUGGUGAAAGCAUCGUGUUCUCCAGAAAGCGGACCAAGUUCUGAGUUGGACACCUCUGGACGUGACAUUUUAGCUGUGCCAAAAAUGACAAUAUACAAAGGAAGGGUGUGCAUCUGCCCCUGCUCUCAUGAUCACCCUUCCUAGUCAUGACAUGGGAGGCUCGAAGCGAUUGCAGACCGAGGAAAAGGUGAAGGCCAAGCAUGGACCAGCAUGGACCAGCAUCACACAGAGGAAAGCGGGGAGGCCUGACUGGCUACCCUCUGGCCAAGAGGUUUUCCCUGGCAAGUCCCUCCAUGCUCCUUCCCUCCAAGCUGCUGCUUCCCAUCCAGAGGAGCUCUCCUUCUCCAAGCCAAGCAAGAUUUGCUGUGGAGAGCAGGAGACUGGUAAACUCAGCACCGGCUGUGAUGAAGAGAGUAAAAAGAAACAGGAGCUCGCUUCACAGGGAAAUGGAUGCAAGGCUUCCCUGCCGUAUUCCAGUGGUGGGGAAAUGAAGAAGGUGUCACUGGGACUGCCUUUGAUCCCCCCAAUACGCAAGGCAGGAAGUCUCCCUGUUGGCAGUGCUGCGGGGUCUCUGCGCAGCUCUCCCCAGCUGGAUUUCCAGGAGUCCCGGGAGAUGAGGCCAAGAUCCAGCAGCACAAGCCAAGAGAAGACCUCGGAACAUGCAGGUAAGUACAGGGCAUUUCUGUUCUGAAAUGACUAUACAUGUUAUGUCUCCACUUUGCAGGCCUGACUGGCUACAGGCUUGCCAAGAAGUUUUCUCUGGAUGCUUCGG